AUGCAACAUGUUUAUGACCUCCGUGUAGUUAAAUUGGUCAUAUUCAGUCCACGGGAACCAGUUCUUCCUCCAGAACUUGAAAAUAUUGUCGCGGUUUUCCGUGAAAUUACCGACGGGGAGGUUUGUGGUGGUGGGGAGUCUCCAAUGUCGCGGAAAUUGUUGGAGACUGCCCUCAAUGUGUGUUCCGUGAUCAGUUCUCGACAGAAUGAAGUGACAACUGCAUGUAUUCCACCAAUCAACCUCAAUCCCAGUCAUUUAACCCUCCUCUAUUUCUCCUCCCCAAUAACUCCACAAUGCCAGCAAAUGCGAGAAAUUCUCGUAGAACUCAGUUCAGACCCUGUUAUGUACAACCGGGCAAUUGUGGAGAUCCCCUCAGAAAAACUGCUUUCUCUGUCCCUUAAAUACAAAAUCCGAGUGGUCCCCACUAUUAUUUUCACCACGACCAAAGGCCACCUCAGGGGGACAUUUCCGCAAAUAUUCCGCGGAGGAGUCCGUCUUUGUUCUUUGGAAGGUGAAGGACUGAGAGAUCAGCUGAGAAAGGCGUUGGUCCUCAGUAUUGACGAACGUCUGGAGUUGUUGGUUGGAAGGGCAAAGGUCAUGCUCUUCAUGAAGGGGACCCCGGAUGUUCCGCGGUGUGGGUUUUCGCGGAAAACCGUGGAGUUGAUUGAUUUUGAUUAUUUUGAUAUUUUGAGUGAUGAGGAAGUGAGACAGGAGUUGAAGAGAUACUCCAAUUGGAUGACCUACCCACAGUUGUAUGUGCAGUCUAAACUGGUGGGAGGACUUGACGUUAUUCAGGCUCAUGCAGUCAAUAAAGGAUUUGGUCCCAAAGAAUCGCGCAAAAAUACUCGAAAUUUCACAGAGCAGCAGCUGAAGGAGGCCGAAAAUACCCCUGGCUUGAUGAGUGGUCAUUAUAAUACUCCCUGCACACCUCAAACCCAUAAAAGACGUGAUAUUGGAACAUAUACCCAAAAACCAGGAAAUAAUUGA